UGAAUUGUCCUCUCUAAAUUAUAACGUGCCUGUUUUGUUUUGACGUUCAAAACAUCUAUUCAGAGCAAUGGAUGUCGCUAGAGAAGUGGUUCGCCGUGACAAAAAACUGUCAUUUUCCAACAUGAUUGGCGUUCACCAUGCUAGAACAAGACAGAAGGCCCACGCCUCACAUGGAAAACAAUUAUCUCCUCCGUGGUUUAGAUAUAUUGGUAGAUAUGCAUUUGUUUACGCGCAUGUUCCCUGACUUCAUGCGUUGUGAGGAAGGUUCAUGUAUGUGUUCUAUUGAUAAUGUGGGUGUGUAGCUUGUGUUACAUGACUGCGAGCGAUAUGGAGUAGCCCUAAACAGGAAUGGAAAGAGGCUGAUCAGAAGUGAAGGUUGUUAUGGCGGAUUCAGAGGCAUCACCGCAGAGCGGGGGUUACGAUGUGGAGCUGUUCGUGGACACGCCGGACUACGACCUCAUUUGCACCAUCUGCCAGGGGGUCCUACGAUGCCCCGUGAGAGCCACGUGCCAUCACAUCUUCUGCAAGAGAUGCAUUUUGCAAUGGCUGAAGAGUUGCUCACAUGCCUACGUGCUGUAGGCCUCCCUGAGAAAGAGGCCUUAACCCUACAAUGCUUAUUAAUGACGCAGGAGACAUGCCCGUGCUGCAGAAAGGCUGUCAACCAGAGCGUCAUCUUUGUCAUGUUCAAGCUCAGCAGGUCGAUUGGCCGCAUGAAGAUUAAGUGUAGGAAUGAGAUCCGCGGCUGCUCAGCGACGUUCCCACUCGCGGAACAGUAUUGCCACAGCAUGAGCUGCGUCUACGAGCUCAUCCCCUGCCCGUACCAGGGCUGCCGUGCCCAGCUCCUCCGCCGCGACCUGGACACGCACGCGCGCCACUGCGAACACUGGCGGCAGCCCUGCCACAUGGGCUGCGGCGUUGUGCUGUCCCACCGUACGCAGGCCCAGCACAACUGCUACCGGCAGCUGAGGCAGGAGUACGCCUUGAGGCAGAGGAACCACCGGGCCAUCGCCGCUGCCCUGCAGCGGAAAAUGCGGCGCAUGCAGAGCACCAUGGCCCACAUGAAGAGGCAGAUCGGCCUGAUCUGCGAGAGCCUGGAGGUCAUGGACGACCUGCAGGAAGAGGAGGUGGAGGAGGAGGUGGAGGAGGAGGAGGUGGAGGAGGACCAGGGGGAGACCAGCGGAGGCGCCAGUGCCAGUGGCUCAUGAUUAGGAGGAGGGUUUUCUCUUGGGUUUUGUGUGUGUGUGAGUGAUUAAGCUACAUGUUUGAUGACGUAAAGAAAAGUAUAAAAUACUGUGGUUUACAGAAUUUUUAGAUGGUCUUUCGUGAACUGCCAAUUGUUAAUGCCUCUGUUGCCAUCUUGCUUGUUCACAUUUUAAAAUCAGAGUUUAAUAUUUUGACUGGGGAAAAUCUUGGGUCCUGCUUUUUGUCUAUGUCAAUGAGAAGGAGUUUUUUAUUUGGUACAAGCUUGUAAUGUGGCAUUUGGUAGGUAUAUUGUAUAAAUUGUUUUACCCAACACAUGUUGAUAGCUUUGUUUGGUGUCCACUUGCAACUAACACAUGGUCAUGCUAUUUACAAUUUUUCCGAUGCCACCUCAGGGGACCUAUAGAACUGGUUUCAUUAUUGACCAUCUUAUUUUUGCACAGUACAGCUUUAAAAGUGAAAUGAUAUGAUGAUAAUGAUGAAUUCCAAUGUCUAUGUGUUUUUUUUAUAAAAAGGAAUCAUAUAUUAUAA